GGUAAACAUGAAGAAACAUGCAAGAAGGAAAUGUUCUGCGUUCAUGAGGGCGGUAUUUAUCUGAAGCAAACCCCGUCGUCGCUGCACACGUGUUUGUUGUUUUGACAUGUUUUGUUUGGUGAAUCAAGAUGUCUGGUGCAGCAAUUUCAGUGUUUUGCCGAUGUCUGAUCAGAGUGGUCACUUCAAGUCACAUGAAGCCUUCAUCAAAACUCUGGAACUACCAGCGGAGAAAUUUAAUGCAUAUACACUUUGUGCUUCCAAGCAGAGCAUGUUCUAUUUCUUCAUCUUGUGAUGUAAACGAUAAAACAAUACCGCUUGAUAGGUCGAACUUAAUUGAGCCAAACAGCAACAGAGGGGAUGAAAGCAAUGUUUUAGAAUCCAAGAUAGAGGGAACUGUUUUAAUAGAAGAGCAUAGUGAUUCAGAUACCACACAAUUAUUAGUAGCCACAGACAAGAUGGGUAUUCAACCAUUUGAGGAUGAUACGAAUGUUGAUAUUCUUGCUGAGUCUGGAACACCUAGAAUUCUAGAGUCAUAUACCAAACCAGCUCUCCCUUCACAAUCAUUAACAUUGCAGUCAUUCAUACAGCAGUCGCCAACCUUACAAAAAUUGUUAGAACUUGGAGUUGACCUCCACAAAGUGCAGAAAAGACAGGGUGCAGCAGAAAUGAUUCUGAAGAUGGACUUUGAUGUUGAUGUUAAAGAUAAGAUAGCAUUGCUUCAUCAUCUUGGUGUAACCAGUGAUCAUUUAGGAACUUUCCUCACAAAAAAUCCACAUAUUUUAGGCGAAGACUUAAAAUCUCUUGAGACGCGAGUGAUGUAUCUUAAAUCCAAGAAAUUCACUGAUGAGGCUAUAGCUAUGAUUGUCAACAGAGCCCCCUACUUUUUGUGUUUUUCAACAGAAAGUGUAGACAGGAAGCUAGGUUAUUUCCAGAAGGAGUUCUGGCUGGCUGGAGAUGAAGUACGAACUGUAAUAACACGAUGUCCACAGUUGGUGACUCGCAAGAUUUCUAGAAUACAAGAGAAUAUGUAUGUGAUACAUAAUCAACUUGGCUUUUCAAAGCCAGCAAUGAAAGAAAUGAUAAUAAAGCAGCCCAAGUUGCUUCUUAAUGGAAAGAAUAAUUUGAUGAAUUCCUUUGAUUACAUACAUAAUGACAUGGGCAUACCUCACAGCAUGUUGGUUCAUUUUCCCGAAGUCUUAAGGACUCGAUUGUUCAUUAUUAAGGAGAGAGAUAUGUAUUUGAGGAAGAUUGGUCUUGCCCAAUAUGAUCCCAGCAAACCACACUACAUCUCCUUAAAGAAACUUGUAGAAGGACCAGAUAAAAUCUUCUGCCAACAAAUUGCGAAGACUUCUGUAGAAGAUUUUAAUAAUUUCUUAAAAACAAUGUAAAGCAUGGAACCAUUAUGAUCACGAUGUCAUUCUUUUCUUUGUUUUUCAUUUGUUUUUAUAACUGUCAACAUUUUAUUUCUUGAAUUAGAAAUAAUAAUAGAUAAUAAUACAAAUAUUUAUAAAAGUAUAUUAUACAUAAGCAAGCACUGAUACAUUGUUUCAUGAGUGCAGUACAAUAUGUUACUUCUGAAUGUACUGGCUUAAUAAGCUAUGUGUGUAUUUUGCAUAACACCAGUAUUUUAGUUGAAAAUUAAGGUUUUAUUUGUUUUUGCUGAUAGUACAGUAAGGGCCCGUUCGAGUGAAAAAAUAUCCGUGCGAUUUGCCAGUUAAUUCACCGGUACACACUUUCUAAAACCGCUCGGACACUAGUCUAAUUACCUUACCAUCUGGAUUAUCCACGACAAUUUUGACCACCAAAUUUGCUGGGUAGAAUGCCGUGUAUGGAAUGACCAUGGAGGCUUAAUUGUUUUUCCAAAUGUUUUGCCCACAGCCCAGCGCGAUAAGAUACGGCCCAGACGUGGUUGCAGCUCUCCUUUGCCUCCUUACACAUGCACGACAAAAUCUAAAUUUAUUAGCAUAGCUACGCAAUUGAUUUUUAGAUUUACCAUUAUUUGGAGAAAUAAACUUGAAUAAACUAGCCUACAUACAGAUUUUAAAGCAGCCAUUAUAAGUUAUUGAGCUACAUUAUCGUUCCACCGUGCUGCACUGUGUGUACGUGGGCCGCAAGGAGGUAUACCUCCUUGGUUAUAGCAGCAGUAGCAAGUAAACAAAGAAUGGGUUGACCAUGGGAUAAGUUGAAAUUUACUUCCGGAGUAGUUUCGUUACACGUAUUUACCGUGAGCUAAAACUUGCUCGAACGAUUGACCCCCCGCUGAGUGCUCAGCGCGAUUACCCGGUGAAAUAAACGGAAUACGGUUGGCGUUUUUUGCUCGAACGGGCCCUAAGUUAUAUAUGACAAAUUGUAUGGAAUAUUGUUAUUAAUAAAUUACAAAAUGUAAGCAUAUAUAUGCAUCAUUUAAAGUUAUUUUAAUGUUUUAACUGACUACUUAUUUUUUAAUCAUAUAUCCUGCAAUGUACCUAGAUAAAUUUAAAAUGUAAAGAAUAAAUUUGGCUUCAAUAAAAGUAUCAUAUGGAA